UCUAAAAGCUAGCGUUAUGCAUCGUGAUGCCAUUCAUCUCAUGGAACAUCUGUGGACUAGAUCUGUAAAUCAUCCAUAACACAAAAUCAGCCAUUUCCUUCUAAUUUGCACCGCAAUCAAGCGCUGAAUUACAGCUAAGAAGACCGGCGCAGCUAAGAUCUCUAGGCAAUCGAAUAAUCAUCAAACGAUCUUACAAUCAUCUUCUCGCGUAAUAGCAAAAGAACUUUGGACAAGGAAGCUGCUUGAAGUAAAUCACCUGGCCUUUUAACAUUUAAGCGAAAAAUGCUGCUGUGAGUAAAAUAUUUGAAAUUUCCUCGAGAAGCCAUUUCAGUGCUGUUAUACUAAUUUACAUCUAAAAGGUUUUUUUGAUAUUGCACGAAAAACUUUGAAAAGUACGUGGCGAGACACGAGAGUUUUGAAGAGGUGUACUCGUGCUGAAUCCAUUUGAGAAGGGUCGUGUUUCUUCCUAAUUUGACAACAGAAGUAAUAAAGAAGAGAAAAGACACCUUAUUAUUUCGGGAACCAGGCGAAAGUCUUGUUGUGUAGGCGUCGAAGUUUGUUCUGUUCCACGGAGUAUGACGACGAUUGAAUCCAUGCCUUCGUUAACUCAAUCGUACGCGGAUAAAUUCGCUGCUAACUGGAAAGCUCAGAAUCCUGAAGAAGACGAAGAAAGUAAUGAGACAGCACUAGAUGAUAGCUUAACUAAUCUACAAUGGCUUCAUUCUAUAAAUAUACAAGAUAUAACUGCAAGUAAUUCAUCGACGCUCUCUGACGCGUCAGGCUCUGCCGAAGGGUCGAAUUUUUCGGACAGCGAAUGUCAAAGUGAAAGUGGAGAAUCCAAAAACUCUGAGCAGAUAUUAAAAGAACCUCUAAUUGAUUAUAAAAACGAUCCACACCAUAAACCGCCCUAUUCCUACGCUACAUUAAUCUGUAUGGCAAUGAGAGAGACUAAAAGAGUCAAGAUUACACUCAACUCAAUUUACAAAUGGAUCAAGGAAAAUUUCAUGUACUACAGAAUGGCAGAUCCAACAUGGCAGAACUCCAUUCGUCAUAACUUAUCCCUGAACAAAUGUUUUGUAAAAGUAGCACGCAAAAAGGACGAGCCUGGUAAAGGUGGUUUCUGGAAAAUAGAUCCACAAUACGCGGACAUGUUUGUCGACGGUGUCUUCAAACGACGGCGAGGAGUAAACACACAGAAAAAUGCCAAAAAGAGUUUUAAAAAGAGUUCUAAGAAAUCUGUUGAUGCCGAAAGGAAGCGGUUGGCAAAGCGACAAAGCGAUGAGCCAAAAAGCAAACGAGCAAAAAUAAAUUCUUUAAGAGUUUCCGAUCCUUCAGAGCUGUUUGGAGAUUAUUCCGAAGAGGAAAUACCGCCGUUUUCAGGCGGUUUAAAGGGGAAAUUUAGCUGGAAUUCCGUUUUGAAGACUAAUGAGUUGGACGAGAGUAUUCGUGAGCUCGCUGAUGCUCAUGGGAUUACUUUAGACAGCCCUUCGCACGUUACAGGGGGGUACAAUCCAAAUACAUUGAGCCCACCCCCCUCGAUAGACAGUCACGAAGAACAUUUUAAAGCGGAUCCAGAUUUAGACCUGACUAUACAAGGAAUCGCUAUUCAUCCAUCAAGGGACCAUUUAGCCACACCCUCCCCUACAGCGUUAACAGAUGCAACUCAAUCUUUCUUCAAAUACAUGCCACCCUCCCCUCCCAGGCUGUACGACGAUGACCACCCCUGGGCAGACACGUGCUUUGAUUUUACAGAUGAAAACAAUAACAUCUUGGAUGCCGUUUGGUGAGUUGAUAUUCAUUACUCUCAUUACCAGUCGUCCUCGUCACACAGGAUACCCACGCAGACAAGAUUUCUAAAAAUAAGGCUUUUUGAAAUUUCUAUCCAUUCUUAACGCAUUUUAAAAAUAUAAACAUACAAAUAUAUUUAAAAUCUUAGAAUAAAUAGAUAUGUAAAGUUUGAACAGAAUUUUUAUAAGCAUUUAUUUCCAAUAAUGCAAUGCAUAUGUAUCCAACUUCUUAUUCAGGGCCGGGUUGUUCAAAGCUGGAUUAGCGCUAAUCCAGGAUCAUGUGAUAUUGGGCAUGCGCAGAAAGAAGGAUUAUUUGCUCAUGAAAAAAUAGUUGUGAAAAGUUCGAAUUUGUCAGCAAAAUUGUUACUCAAAGUGUGAACCCUGUGACAAAUUUACUGAUUUUCAUUCUCGGUUUUUCCUUCGUUUCCCACUUUUUUAUUUCCCAUUUUUCUUUUCAUAUCUAUUUUAUUCUAUUUUGUUUCAUUUUAUUUUAUUUUUUCACUUUAAAUCUACUGUAUAAUCAUCAUGAACCGAAUCAUUGUAAUCAAUUUGAAUAACUAUUGAUUUUGGACGACUAGCCUCUCUCCUUCAUGUGAAAACGCGUUUAUGUUUUCACGUAAACACGAGGCUAGUCAGUUCAGAACUAUACUUAUUCAAAUUGGUCRGCAUAUUUUGAUUCGGUGUAUACUUAUGUGAGAAAAUCCUCAUAAUUUUGUCUAAUUUUGAUGUAAUUCUCCUUUCGCCAUAUCACAACUACUUGAAGCCUCUUCGAAUAGUCCCCUUCACAGUUCCCUGCGCCAUCUUGAAAGGUAGCCGUGCCUUUGCAUCGAAGUGAGACGAACGGUGAGCUUGCAAUGAUAGAGAUGUGAAUAAUUGUCCAAGGCGUUAAAAAAAGGUUUCUAUCAUUGCAAACUCACCGUUUGUCUCGCUUCGAUGCAAAAGCACGGCUACCUUUCAAGAUGGCGCAGGGAACUGUGAAGGGGACUAUUGUCUUUGAGUCACGAGAUAGUGGUGUUAACUUAGGCAAACAAAUGGAACUACGAAAUGGAUUCCGAUACUAAGUACUAUUGGUAGUAAGAGUUUUAAUAUGUGAUAAGGGAAACGGAGAAAUUUAUGUUAAAUAUAAGUAAUUUAUAUUUAUAUUUUGUAAAGAAUAUUUUUGAACUGGAGAAAGGAUAUCAAGAUUACUGAGCUGCAGAGGUUCCAGUUGUCCGAGAUAAAAGGUUUCAAAUCAGAACAGAAAGCGGGUUAUAGACAAUUCCGUUUUUUCAUCUUAAGUAGAUUAAUAAAAAACCUCUUAAAGAUAUCAGUUUUACUCUUGCUCUGCAUGGGUCUUAUUUAUUGAGAACCCGAUAAGAUAUCGAUUAGAUUACGAUAAGAUUUCGAUCCCAUUAUCAAAGACAUACGCAAGGGGUUCUUUUUCUGACACCGUUUCCGCCCGCAUGACAGAAAAUUCCUCUGAACAGUUAAGAUUCAUUUAGUCUAACGGUUUUAUGAAACCCUAAUUUUUUUUAGAGUUCGGUUUUCGUUGGUUUUAGAAAUUGAAUAAUAUAGCUGUUUGUUCCUCCAAAGGAACACUCGUUAAAGAUUUUAAAUUAAGGCUUAGAAAUCAAUUGGUUAUCAUUUUAAGAAAAAAAUCUGCCAAAGGCAGACGAUAUUUUUAUAAGAAUAUUUUGUGUCAAAAAAUAACGCGUGAAUUUAUAAUUAUUAAGAAAGCUCUAGUAUAAAACUGCAAGUUAUGAAUGUACAUAUCAUAAAUGAUAGAUAUAAUGCUAUUGGUGGAUGCACUGUGACGUCAUCCAUUGUUUAUAAUGCAAGCGAGAAUAUGAUUGGUUUAUUAAACAAAAUUAAUUGCAAAA